UCUUUUCCCACCGCCCUCUCCGCGUCCUCUUCUUCCCCCUUUCGCUCUCUCUCCCUACAAAUCCCAACCCUAAUCCAAGAAUUUUUUCCAUUUCUUCCGCAAUUCCCAGGAUGGCAUCAAAGGUCGCGUGGGUUUGCGAGAAUCCCCGCGGGAUCCGGCGAUUUGGUGUGGCUUUGGCCUCGAAAGCGACCUUCGAACCAGAUUUCUUGAUUGUUUUUUGUGUUUUUAUUACUGGCGGCUGUGGAUUCUAAUUCUUUGGUUACGAUUAUGAUUUAUUUCCUCUUCUUUUUCUUGAAGAACUAUUGUUUUCUUUGGCUGCUUUUUGGCGUGAUUAAUUUGUUAUAUUUCAAAGGGAGAUGCAGAUGAUCAUCUUGGAAAGCGAUGUGCUUCUAUGAAAAGAAGCUCUCUUUCUUGGAAAUUUUCUGAGAAUAUUUUGUGUUCUUGUUAAUCCCGAAAAUCUGCGAGCUUUAUUCUGUAUCUAGAUUUAGUAAAGAGAUUAUAUUAGUAGUUUAUAUGUGGGAUUUGGAUAAUUUUUGUUAUUCUCUUCCCACCUGCCGUAUUUAUGAAUGGAAUUUAAUCUGACUGGAUGCCGGAAUUGUUGACAUGAAUGAAUUAAACUUGAAAUUACACGCCCAUGCAUAUAUAAAUGGACACAUUUCUGUAAAGGUGGAAUAUAUUGUUGUUGCACAAUUGGUAGUGACAAAGCAGGAAGAUGGCAAGUGUUAGGUUUUCUGGUAUGUAUUACUUGUUCUUUUUAUUGACCAAACAUGUAUUUUUAAUGUCUUGUCUUACAUGUAUAUAUUCGCAGGGAAUUUUCAUCGGGAAUGUUUCUCUUAUACAUGCUUAUUCCACUUGCCAUUUCCAAUCAUCAAUUACUGUGUUGUUGCGUCUAUGCGUUUUCUUAGUCUUGUAAUGGACCACUUUAUGGUUGUGCAGGUUAUUACACCAUCCUGGGUUUUGCAUUCAAGAUACUGUUGAGAAAUAUUAUACUGUAUAACAGAGGAUAAGAUGCGUCGUUGGCUAUGCUGUGCUGGUCAUAUAGAUGAGCCCAAACAAUCCCUUGAUAAUGAACCAAAAUACCCAAAGAGCCAUCCAGAUGGGGUACAAAAAGGCUCAAAACUUCCAUCUGCAGCCAAAAAUGAACCUCCAAAGGCACCACCUCCUAUUGAAGUGCCUGCAUUGUCUUUGGAUGAACUGAAGGAAAAGACGGAUAAUUUUAGCUCAAAAUCCUUGGUUGGUGAAGGCUCUUAUGGGAGAGUAUAUUAUGCGGUUUUAGAAGAAGGGAAGCAGGUGGCCAUAAAAAAGCUUGAUGCAUCAUCGGAACCGGAACCCAAUACUGAGUUUCUGACUCAGGUGUCAAUGGUCUCAAGAUUAAAGCAUGAUAAUUUUGUUGAACUGCUGGGUUACUCUGUUGAAGGAAACAUGAGGCUAUUGGCUUAUGAGUUUGCCACGAUGGGCUCUCUACAUGAUGUUUUGCAUGGUAGGAAAGGAGUGCAAGGUGCACAACCUGGACCUGUACUCAGCUGGAUGCAGCGUGUGAGGAUUGCCAUUGAUGCUGCAAAAGGGUUAGAGUACCUUCAUGAGAAGGUUCAACCUUCGAUAAUACAUAGAGAUAUCAGGUCAAGCAAUGUUCUUUUAUUUGAGGACUUCAAAGCAAAGAUUGCAGACUUCAAUCUUUCAAAUCAGGCUCCUGACAUGGCUGCUCGUCUCCAUUCAACUCGAGUAUUGGGAACUUUCGGUUACCAUGCGCCAGAAUAUGCGAUGACUGGUCAGCUGACACAGAAAAGUGAUGUCUAUAGCUUUGGUGUCGUUCUUUUGGAGCUGCUAACAGGCAGGAAACCAGUGGACCAUACAAUGCCUAGAGGCCAGCAGAGCUUAGUCACUUGGGCAACUCCAAGACUGAGUGAGGACAAGGUCAAACAAUGUGUAGAUCCAAGGCUGAAGGGAGAAUAUCCGCCGAAAGGGGUUGCAAAGCUCGCAGCAGUGGCAGCUCUCUGUGUCCAAUACGAAUCCGAGUUCAGGCCGAAUAUGAGCAUUGUCGUCAAGGCUCUCACACCUCUUCUUUCACAACCGAAGCCUGCUCCACCCGCCGAGGCUCCCUCUCCUACUGAACUCUAAAUAUGGUGCGCGCUUCUCCGUCGUUUGUUAACAAAGCUUCUGCAAUUCCUUGAUUGUAGGCAUCAUCAUCAUCAUCUUCCACUCUUUUUCAUAUUCCUAAUCCUCAGAUUGCUUUUGGCUCCUUAAUUGACAUUUGAGGCACAAGUGAAUCAUCCUUUUGAUGAGGGACCUUUGCUAUUUAUUGUAUAUUUUGUCUGCUUGAAAUGUUUGUGAUUAAAUUCAUUCCUCUGUUUCUGCUGAUGAUAUGAUAUGAAGUGAUGUCUUUUUAUUUUUAACCGUUUGAAGCUUCUACUUGUUUUACCUUUUUAACUGCUGUACUGCAAGAACAGAUGUCAAUGUGGCUUGUAAUUACAUUUAUUUUAAUCUUUUUUUAUUGAUAAA